AUGGUUAACUGGUUAUGGUUGGUAUCAAAACAGAUGGAAUCGGAUCUUGGCAAGCUCUUCAUUGGGGGAAUUUCCUGGGAUACUGAUGAGGAGCGUCUCAAAGAAUAUUUUGGGAAAUAUGGAGAGGUGAUAGAGGCUGUGAUCAUGAGAGAUCGCUCAACAGGUCGUGCUCGAGGUUUCGGUUUUGUUGUCUUUGCUGAUCCUGCUGUUGCAGAAAGAGUCAUUGUGGAUAAGCACAUAAUUGAUGGCCGUACAGUUGAAGCUAAGAAGGCUGUUCCUAGGGAUGAUCAGAACACUAUAAAUAGACAGUCGGGUGGUGUCCAAGGAUCUCCUGGUCCUGGACGCACAAAAAAGAUUUUUGUUGGAGGUUUACCAUCAACAAUCACGGAAAGUGAUUUUAAGAUGUAUUUUGACCAGUUUGGUACAAUUACUGAUGUUGUAGUAAUGUAUGAUCACAAUACCCAGAGGCCAAGAGGUUUUGGCUUCAUCACUUAUGAUUCAGAAGAAGCUGUGGACAGAGUUCUUCAUAGAACAUUUCAUGAACUCAAUGGAAAGAUGGUUGAGGUCAAGAGGGCAGUUCCCAAAGAGCUAUCCCCUGGACCUAGCCGGAGCCCGUUGAUAGGAUAUAACUAUGGUUUGAAUAGAGCCAGUACCUACCUAAACAGUUAUGCUCAGGGUUUUAAUAUGAAUCCAAUUGGAGGAUAUGGAGUUAGGAUGGAUGGUAGAUUUAGUCCACUUACUAGUGGUAGAAGUGGGUUUACCCCAUUUGGCUCCAGUGGUUAUGGAAUGGGAGUGAAUUUGGAUUCAGGAUUGAACCCAAGCUAUGGAGGGACUUCCAAUUAUGGGAGCAGUCUAGGAUAUGGUCGGAUUAGUCCUUUCUACAGUGGCAACUCUAGCAGAUAUACUACUCCUAUUGGCUAUAGUGGGGGCAACGGGAGAAGUGAUUCUCUUAUGAACUCAACUUCUCGGAAUGUCUGGGGAAAUGGAGGCCUGAAUAAUGCUGCCAAUAACCCCCUCAGUUCUGGUGCUUACUUGGGAUCUGGAAGUGGAGCUUUCGGUGUUUCAAUCGGAAAUAGUGGGACAAAUUGGGGUCCAUCUGUUCCAACCCAGGGUGGAGGAGCUGCUUCUGGCUAUAGUAAUUGGAGUAAUGUUUAUGAAGGUGGAGAUAGCAGCAUCGGAUUAGGAGGGGGAGGAUAUGAAAGGAACAGCAGCGCAAGUGUGACUCAGUCCUCAGCUUUUACUGCGCCAACUGGUGGUUAUGAAGGAUCCUACGGGAACUUGUACCGCAGUGGUUCAGUUUACAGUGACUCAACUUGGCCGUCUGCUGCUUCUGAGAUGGAUGGUUCUGGUUCAUUUGGUUAUGGACUUGGUGGUAUAACUUCAGAUGAUCCAGUAAAGAGUUCUGAGGGUUUUAUUGGAAACUACAAUGUAACAAGUAGACAAUCUAAUAGAGGAAUUGCUGCCUAGGAGAUAUGAUAAUUGGAUAUGUCAUGGUAACUGUAGAUCAAAGGAAACCGGUUAAAAAAAAUGAGGUAUCGUGAAUUCAUACAUCUCCUUCAUUCUAGAGAUAUCAGCUAUUAAGGAAAUUCAACAUAUAUAGCUAACGGGUGUUCUUUCAUUUGAAGUAUACAUAAGCUAAAUCAGUUACAAUGGAUUUUGUGUAAGGUUUGGGAUUUUUGUUUUGUCAUCUUUUUGUUUUUUCAAGGCAUAGGUUCCUUUCUUGGAAUUUGAUUGAGGUGUAUAAUCAGAAUUCGGGAUAUACUCAGGAAGAUUGGUUCCAAUAGUGUAAAAGUGCAUCUCUGGAGAGGGGCACCAUCGUUAGUAUGUUCAAUAAUAGUGUAUUAGUUUUUGAAUUUUUUUCUUUUGCCACUGUAAUGCCUGGCAAAGCUAUUUGUUCUUGUCACCAUCUUUAUUUGUGGGACACGUUUCUGAUCAAAUUGUAAGUGAGGUUCAGUUUGAUUUUAUGAGGUUUGUAACAUGAGAGGGGUACCAUCUAGGAUCCCCAUCAAAUAAUUAAGUUACUGGACAGUUAUUAUUUUUUGUAAGACUUGUGUUAUACAACUGUACACUUGGUCUAUU